AUGGCGAUCGUCGAUCCGGUUACCUUCAAGUAUCUGGCGCUGCCCAACGGCCUCGCCGGGCGCGGCGGGGCCGUGCGCUUCUUCCUGCUGGCCGCCCGCGUGCCUUACAAGGAGGACCUGGUGGACUUCGCCGAGUGGAGGGCCGGCGUGAAGCAGGAGGUGAAGGACAGCGGCGAGUCCCCCCUGGGGGUGCUGCCCGUCAUCACCGUCGGGUCCAAGCGCCUCAUCCAGCAUGUGGCCACCACCCGCUACCUCGCAAAGGCCCAGGGGCUGUACGGCAAGGACAUCGACGCUGACCUGGCAGCGGACGGCGUGGCCGACGAGUACGUGCCCUGGAGGGAGGCCUGGGUGGCAUCACUGGGCGGCGACGACGCCAAGGCCACCUACGCCAGCGCACGCCCCAAGUACUAUGCCGGCCUGGAGGCCCUGCUGGGCUAUUACGGCAGCACCGGGGCCUCAGCCACCGCCGGCGGGGCCCUGACCUAUGCGGACGCCCUGCUGUUCUCACAGAUCUGGGACGACACCACGACCCAGGGCCUCGACCUGCUGCAGAGCCACCAGCGCCUGCUGGCCUUCUUCACCGCUUUCAAGGCCCUGCCGGCAAUCUCUGAGUACCUCGGCGCCAGCAAGGCCUGA